GUGAAAAGAAGGCUUCAUCCUCCCAACGAAGAUGGCGGCUCCCUUAACCCUGCUAUUAAUUGUAGCUGUAACAAUUAGAGCAGUAUUAUUUAGAUCAAGUUUAGCUGAUCUUAUAUCAGAAAGAGUUGAGGUAGUAUCUCCACUAAAUGCCUGGAAAAGAGUUGUGGAAGGCCUGGCUCUCCUGGACUUGGGUGUAUCGCCAUAUGCAGGGGAUGUGUUCCAUGAGACUCCCCUCAUUAUAUACUUCUUUCACUUUGUUAUUGAUUAUGCAGAGAUUGUGUUUAUGAUGGCAGAUGCGCUAACUGCGGUGGCACUAUACAUAGCAGUGAAGGACUACAACAAAAUUGUGUUCAGGAAACAGAAGUACGCCCUGGAGGCUAACCGCUAUCCUCUGAACUGCCAGCAGCUCUUCCGCACGCCCAAAGAGAUGUACUACAUCCCUCUGAAGGUGGCCAUGUUUUACUUGUUGAACCCUUUCACGAUCCUCUCCUGUGUGGCAAAGUCAACCUGUGGGCUUAACAAUGCAGUCAUUGCACUCUUCAUUCUCUGUACAAUAAAAGGAAGUGCCUUGAUGAGUGCAAUAUUCUUGGCCUUGGCGACAUACCAGUCAAUCUACCCGCUCACACUAUUUGCCCCAGCACUGCUCUACCUACUACAGAGGUUGUACAUCCCAGUGAACUGGCGCAGGCCCAGCUUCUGGCUCUUCACAACGCAGUACGCCUUCAUGUACCUGGGCAGCCUGUGUGUCAUGGUCUGUCUGUCUUUCUUCCUGCUCAGCUCCUGGGACUUCCUGUCCUCAGUCUACGGAUUCAUCCUCUCCGUGCCAGAUCUCACCCCCAACAUAGGCCUCUUCUGGUACUUCUUCGCCGAGAUGUUUGAGCACUUCCGCCUCUUCUUCAUCUGCGUCUUUCAGAUCAACGUGUUCUUCUACACCAUUCCACUUUCCAUCAAGCUAAAGGAGCACCCAUUCUUUCUGAUCUUCAUGCAGAUCGCCAUCAUCUCCAUCUUCAAGUCCUACCCCACCGUGGGCGACAUCGCCCUCUACAUGGCCUUCCUACCGGCCUGGAACCACCUCUACAGAUUCCUGAGGAAUAUCUUCCUGGUGUCGGUUGUGUUGUUGGCGUGCUCCGCCCUGUUCCCAGUCCUUUGGCACCUCUGGAUCUACGCGGGUAGUGCCAACUCCAACUUUUACUAUGCCAUCACGCUGCUCUUCAACGUGGCACAGAUCUUGAUGGUGUCAGACUACUUCUACGCGUACCUGCGGCGAGAGCAUCACCUGACCCACGGCCUGUACCUGAAGAGGAAAGACGGCAGCGAGGCCACUCUGGUUCUCAAGUAGUAGAUGACACACUCAUACGCACUCGCGCACACACACACAGGCAGGGAUGGGACCCUUGCCUGACUGAAAGUGACUCUGAACAUUACCCCACCCUUCGAGUUCUUAUUUCUGAGGUCUUACUUUUAAACAAACAUCCCACCCAACCAACCAACCCCCUGCUCCCCCAUAGACCAAAGCCUUAGUGUUUCUGAAGGUCCGGCUGGGAUGGAAGAUGUGCUGCCUUUUGUCCAUGUUCUGUCGCUCCAAUGAGUAGGCGAGAUAUCUGGUUUUAGUGGGUAGGUGAUUGGGUUGCUGGUCCGGUUAUUUUGCUUUUUUUGGUCCUACCUUUCUCCUGGAUUUACUUUCUUAUGCUUUUAGGAGUCACUGUCACUCAUUGAAAACAAGCAAAUGAAUUGAGCAGAUGUGAGCCGUUGGGUACUUGGGUGCAUACGUAAACCAGACAGGUCUGCAGUUAGGCUCUUUUACCAGCAGAGGGCGUCAGUUGAAUAGGAAAACUACAGUGGUUUGUCAGUCUGUCAGCCAAUGUGUUCAUUAGAGCACGCAACGAAAACGUUUUAAAACAUUUUGCAUAAACCAUUUGCGUUUUGUAUUGUCCAAGUAGUCCACCUCUGUUUCAGUACGUUGUCUUCCGUUUGCUGCCUAAUGAACACAACCCUUUAUGUUGUGCUUUAGUAAUACACUAAACACUGUGUCCAACAAUAACUGUCUGUACAACUUGUUGGUACUCUUCUCUCAAUGGGUAUCUGAUGACUACUGCAUUGUCACUAUUUGCAAGAGCAUAGGAAAAAGAUAUCGGGUGUAAGACACCCGUUUACUGGAGUGUGUCUUCUCUGAGAAAUGUCAUCUGAAUGGUACUCUGUGACAAUGAGAUAUGAUCUGGAAUCCUCCAAACUCUCGUGAUGCACUCUGCUUGGUGAAUGUGAUCCGUGUCAUCUUGAAUGUUCAUGUAUGCCAUUUUUUAUACAAAUGAGGGAUUUAUGUGUAGGCAUAUAGUAUUUAUUUAUUGCCAGCACUGAUUUUGUUCUAUCAUUUUUGCUUCAAUAAUUUGGUAAAUGGGCAAGUACUUAAGUUGUUUUGAUAUGUUUAUGUAUUUUUUACAUGAUAAGACCAGGGUGAUUUUGAAACGGAUAAUGUUCUAUUUGCUGAAUGAGUGGCUAUGAAUGAUGAUGGCUACAUUAUAGGUUGUAGUGUUUUGGGGGGUACAGAUACAGUGCCUUCAGAAAGUAUUCACAUCCCUUGACUUUUUCCAAAUGUUGUUACAGCCUGAAUUUAAGAUUA